AUGAGUAACAUAAAGAUUCAAUGCAUUUCUAUUAUUGGUAAAAUGAAUAACCCAUUAUAUAUCAAAAAUUUUAGCACAACGCAUCCGGAUUUGAAAUAUCAUUACAUUGCACAUACUUCAGUCGAUGUUAUUGAAGAACGUGUUAGCACGAGUCCGGAAGCAUCUGAUACUUACCUUGGAUUAUUAUAUGCAAUGGAAGAUUUAGCUGUAUAUGGAUACUUAACAAAUACCCGAGUAAAGUUUGUAGUAGUUCUCUCUGUUCCUGAUGCAGUUAUAAAGAACAGUGAUAUGAAAAAUGUAGGUCUUACUUAA